AUGGAUGUCCUUUCCACAGGUAUCAGACGCUCCGCGUUUGAGAAGCUUGCAGCGUUAGCUGUGAAAACACCAGUGAAUGAUGAAGAAUCAGAUAUUGCGCGUCUUUCUCAACUGUAUCAAUAUCCAAAGAAGCAUCACAAUGAAUUCCUGGAUGGUGGUGCAAAGAGUCUGGCUCCGAAAUCACAGGUGCCCAUGGGCAUUCGAGAAUUGGAUGUCCUCAUUUCCUUGUGCAAAGCUUCUAUAUCAGUGAAUAGAUUAGAGCCUGCUUCGACGCUGGUUUCACAGUUAUCUGCGUACCUCCCUGAGUCUCAUAGCCAACAUUUCCAUGCUUCGCCUUUUCUCCAGAGCAUAAAACCAUCUCCUUGGGAAACAUUGACGUAUAAUCUCAUACAUGCCCUUCUUUCACUGGGUCUCAACUGUCCUUCGUUACAAGAGACUGUCUCAAAUACCGUCAACGACUACUUGCAAAGCUGUGCCGAAGCCAUCAAGUCUACGACACCUUUUCAUAGACCUAGUUAUGAAGUGGAUAAGCAUGGCUCGCUCCAAGACCCCUCAGGAAUUCUGGCUAUUGCAGUAUCUCUAGUCGGCUUCUUCGAAGCUUCGGCGAUGCAUGCCACUUUCUGGGACUCUAGCGAGAAGCUACAGAUAAUCGAACACGUCCGGGAUAUGUUGUCUGAGACCUUCAUGGUUGACAUCGAAACUGCUUCGUCUACUAUACGUAACGCAAAUAUAGCGGAAGGUGCUUUUAAGGAUUGGAGAAGAUACGCUCGGCGCUACGCUGCUCAUGGACGCCCUCUAGGAGCUAUGCUGUUACAGCAAGGCUUUAUGCGUUUUAUUAAAGCUUGUGCUGCUUCCCUGAUUGGCUCUCACCAUGUUUCUGAAGAUGAACUGCUAGAUGAUUUUAUGGAUGGGGUCGGAAUUGCGAGAGGCAAUGAUGACUCGGAGAUUCCCCUUGUUAGACGUAUAGCAGAGAUAGCCACAGACCAAAUCCAUUUGCUGGAUGAUGGGUCUGACUAUCUGCGGCUUGGCUCCCCUUGGCAGCAGCGACUUACAUUUUCGGUGAAGGCCUUGUGUUUGAUCAGCUUUCUCAAUUGCGUGGUCCUGGACGAAGAUGUGGCAAGCAGCGAUGCUCUCCUUGCCUGGUUGGAGGGUACAAUUAUAGACCCUAACCAGAUGUCGUGUACUGAGAUAGCAACAACAACCUUGAAAAGCAUAGCGAUUGUCGCGAGACUCUCGCCAAGCAGCGCAUCCAGUGCGAGCCGCUCCCUUUUGAGAUUCCUCGUGCGCGGAGGUUCAACGACAGGAUCUGUUGUUUCUGUGGCUGCACGGUGCCUAGCUCAAGUUCUCAGCAUUCUAUCUCAAGAUGCCGUCAUUACGACGCUAUAUUCCUUGGGAAAUGUGUUAAGCUCACGUUCUGACACCAAACAACUGUACCAAAACGAACUCACUGGUGACACAACUGGGCCUACAAGCAAUGCCUUGGCAUCAUAUGCGCAGCCAAGGGAUGCGAGCAUGAUUUCUCUUGUUGUCAACGGCGAGGACAGCAAUGUAACUCAAAGAAAUGUCAUCCAUGCUAUUAUGACUAUUGCGACAAGUUGCAAUGAUGAUAAAAUUACCGCCCUGGCGCAGUCCAUGCUCCUACAAAAGAUAGGGAAGAUAAAUACAGUGGUGGAUUCAUAUAUCAUUCAGGAGACAGCAGCAUUGGCCCUGUACAACGGACCGGCUGAGUUUCAACUGCUACUCAAGUUCUACAAUCGUGCUUACCUCGACGCAGCCACUGAAAACCAGAAUACUAUCUCCGAUGCGGUUCAAAGUGCAAUGAUAUAUCUUUCUCUCAGGUUGAAAAGAAGCUCUUCUCGCUACGAAAUCUACCUACUUCAUCUGCUGGAGAGCAUUGUAAACAAGGGAAACGCCACUGACCGCGAAGAUGAUAGGCAGAAAGAGGAUAUGUUGACACAUGGGAACAUCAGUCCUUUUCUGAGACCACUAGCACUGCUUGUUUCGUUCGAGAGCGAAACUACCGGAACUUGUCCCACAGUUUCCGAUUUUGACGACAGCAUACUGGCCAUGUUCCGUGACAUUUGGUUUAACAUAGCUGUUCAUGGCAUAUCGCUUAACUCAGCCUUUGCUCGGAGUCACUUUGAGGAACUCCGAAUAAUUGCAGAGCAUUCUCCGCCCCUCGUCGCUGAAGAUCGUACGGAAGUCCUAGAAAGUGACGUCGAACUAAAUACGAUACUGAGACGCGGAAUGAGCCCGCAGCGUCUCAUUGAGCAGAAGCGUACUUUAGUCUCAGAACUUCCCAGUUGUGAAUCAGACAUUAAACGCUUGAAUUAUCCGAAAGUCGUCUUCCUCAAUGCUGCUUUAUUGGUUGAAGGUCUCCGUGCUUCUACCGGAAACUGCACGAAAGUUUUGAAUUAUUUCCUUGAUCCAGCGCUCGACACUGCCGAAAUGGCAAGCUGUAUGAAUGCUAUUGCGGACAAGGUUGUCAGUCGCUACCUCGCAAUGACUUUAUCAGGAAAACGUGAACACUUUUCGGCACCAUAUCUGUCGAAACAAUUAGCGGACUUUUUGGUAGCUUGCUGCCAUCGCAUUGAACGAGUGCAGAUUGUUGCGAGAUCUUGUGCCAAUAAGAUCAUAACAGAGUGCCCUUCUGCACUAUGCCAAAAGCAUUCUUUGUUUAGUCUCCUUGAACUUUUGACCGUAAUGUGGUCGUCUUGUCUUCAAGGAGACCUAGACGAGUUCGAUUGGAAGUCUUCUAUCACAUCUCCUAGAGGAAUUGUGGACAUUGACCUGCCAGAUGACUAUGGAUUCAGGAAGACAACACUCGAACUCUUUCACGAACGGUCCAGAGCAUGGGUAAAGGCUGUUAUGAACUUUGCACCAUUGGACGUUAAGGGGCUCCUUCAGACCUAUCUGUCUGAAUUUGAAGACGAUGGCGCCUAUGGCCACAUCUCAAUGGGGCGAUCCUUUGCUUUAGAGAUGGGUUCGCUAAUUCCACAAAGUGACCAGCGACUUGGGUCGAUUGGAAACCACGGUGGCGAUUCAAUCAACAUCGCCUCGGGCUUCAUUGCUCAAUAUACUGCGCGCCAAAAGUAUCCAUAUUCUGAUAUGCCUUCUACCAAUGGUCUAGAUCGCGACAGAUUUGGGUGUAGCUAUUGUGAACCUACAACUCAGUUACCAGAAAGCUUUUUUGGUGUAGAAAAGACACUAUCCCAUCUAUAUGAGCAGGCCGCUAGAGGAGAACACGUAUCCUUUAUUGACAUAAGAGAUCCCCUUCGGAGAGCAGCUGCUCUUUGUAGCAGCAAUACAAUGCGGCCUUCUAUCAUUCAGUUCCUUGUCAGCUUGCCGUUUGAAAUAUUCACGGAGGAGUCAAUAAAGCUUGGGAUCUCUCUCUGGCUCGGGGUGAUUAACGAGAACCCAAAGGCAGAGCCAAGAAUUUUGGUGGAAGUAGCGGAGGCUUGGGAAAAAACUAUCCAGCGCAAGAGAGGAUUAUUUGAUCCUUCUUUCGAUUAUGUCGACCCAAUGUACUCCAAAAUCGAGCUUUUGCCAUCAGAUAAGGCUUUGUUGCUCCAAAAGCAGCGUGCGGCACAGGACAUGAUUUUGCCGCAUAGUCAUGUUCUUCAAUUCUUCGAAAGUCACUUCAGUGCCGUCCGCCUUGACAACAUUCAGAAUCAGCGGUUAUUCUAUCGCCUGACCCGCAGUACUACUACAGGACUCAUGGGAACGAGAGGCCACCCUCUAGCUAGGGAGAUUCAUUUCCGUGUUGUUUUAUUCGGCUUGAAGGUAUUGAGGCAGUGCACCUUCCAAACGGAGUUUUCCUUAUGGAAACUUAAAGAUCAAAUUCUUUCAGCUGGUCUCAGCUGGUUUAAGCAUUCACCUAGGUGGUCUUACGGAAGUAACCGACUACAAAUAAAAGCUGAAGACAAAAUUCUUGGCGACGUUUCUUCUGCUUUGGCAGACAUUGCCAACAUUGGCUCUCAUGACCGCGGGCAGUGUAAGUCAAUACAACGAAAGCAAGACCUUCUUCAGGUCUUUCUAGAGAAUGAGAGAUCACGUCUCAGAGUGUGGCUAUUACCUCUGGAACAAGAGCGCAAACAUUAUCCAUCACCGGUUUCCGGGGGCAAGAAUUUCUUGGAGGAGGUAAUAUCGUUGCUUUACCUCGCCUGGACAGAGAACCCAGGAAUAGCAAUUCAACUUGCGGUCCGUUUCCCUUCUGCACGGCUGAGAAACGAUGUCCGUCGGUUAUUGUUAAACUCUCCUGAAAAGGCUCUUGACGAACCCAGUGGUCUUGAAAUUGUGUUUGGUUUGGCUCUGCCUGCGGAUGUCUCUUUUCAGUUGAAGUAUUUGUUGUAUUGGGCAUCUAUAAAUCCUAUUGAAGCCUUGACAUACUUCCUGCCUGCGUAUGGUAAUCAUCCAUUUAUUUUGCAGUACGCAAUGAGAGCCUUGGAGAGCCAUCCUAUAGACGUCCGGUUCUAUUUCGUUCCACAACUAGUCCAAGCACUCAGAUACGACGCGCUAGGCUACGUAGAGCGCUACAUUCUUGAGACGGCUAAAUUGUCCCAGCUGUUCGCCCAUCAAGUGAUAUGGAAUAUGAAAGCGAAUUCGUAUAAGGAUGAGGAUGCUCAAGUUCCGGAUCCUCUCAAGCCCACUUUAGACAGAUUUAUGGAGACUCUGAUAUCGAGCUUCUCUAAUGAAGAACGUGACUUUUACGAACGAGAGUUUUCUUUCUUUAACGAAAUCACAGGCAUUUCGGGAAAACUUCGUCCGUACAUCAAAAAGAGCAAACCGGAGAAGAAGGAGAAGAUUGAGGAAGAAUUACGUAAGAUCAAAGUGGAGGUUGGGGUAUAUCUCCCAAGCAAUCCAGAUGGCGUUGUGGUAGGGAUUGAUCGCAAAUCCGGAAAACCAUUACAAAGUCAUGCAAAGGCGCCUUAUAUGGCAACCUUCAGAAUUCAAAAGACCAGGACUCGAUGGAACGGAAGACCAUCUAGCAGCCCUGGGGCGCAUACGUUGAGUCAACAGGAUAUGCCAACAGACUCGCAACCCUCUCCUGCGCCUGAUCCGAGGAAAGAGACUUACGAAGUCUGGCAGUCUGCUAUUUUCAAAGUUGGUGAUGAUUGUCGCCAAGACAUGCUUGCGCUGCAGAUGAUCGCUGCCUUCCGAAGCAUAUUUGAGAGUGUUGGGCUCGACGUUUGGGUGUUCCCCUAUCGGGUAACUUCAACGGCUCCAGGCUGCGGUGUUAUUGAUGUUCUACCCAACUCUAUUUCUCGUGAUAUGCUCGGACGUGAAGCUGUAAAUGGACUCUACGACUAUUUCCUUUCCAAGUACGGAGGGGAGAAUUCGGUGAGGUUCCAGCAAGCGCGCACAAAUUUUGUUAAGAGCAUGGCCGCCUAUUCGGUUAUCUCAUACCUUCUGCAGUUCAAGGAUCGACACAAUGGAAAUAUCAUGAUCGACGACGCCGGGCAUAUAAUUCAUAUUGACUUCGGGUUCUGCUUCGAUAUUGCCCCAGGAGGCGUCCGCUUUGAACGCGCACCAUUCAAGCUAACUUCUGAAAUGGUUGCUGUCAUGAGCGGCACUCACAACGCACACCCUCAUGCGGCCAGCAGCGUAAGUGGCGGGAUCAGUCUGCCUGGAGGGAAUACGCACAAUCCUACAAACACACAGCCAUACAGGUGGUUUGAGUCUUUGGUGGUGAAGGCGUUUCUUGCGUCUCGUCCGUAUUGCACGAAACUGUCCCAUAUUGUGUCUUUGAUGCUUGAUAGCGGCUUGCCUUGCUUCAAGCCCGAUACGUUGAGGAACUUCCGAGACAGAUUUGUCCUCGACAAGAGUGAAAGAGAAGCAGCUGAGUACAUGCGUGAACUUAUCCGCAAGUCUUACAUGAAUUUCUUGACGAAAAGCUAUGAUCAGUUCCAACUUUUAACCAAUGGCAUUCCUUAUUGAUAUGGUUCGUGCGAGAUGUUGUCUCUGGGAAUCAUGGGCUACGGAUCGGCGUCUCCAUUUGAUGCUAUCCAUAGUGUAUGAAUUAUGAAGUUGAAAUUGAACUGGAAGA